CUGGGCCCAACCUAAAAUCCUAAAACCGUAGAAAUCGUUCUCUUCGUUCGUCUUCCCCUAAAUCCCUUUCCAAAUUUGAACUUCGUCUUCAUCCUGUUCUUCUGAGCGAGCUCUUCUGGUAUAACUCCACCGACCGUGCGGACGCAGACGCCAAGAUAAAAAUAUCUGGGUUUAAUUUGAAAUGGGUUGGAAAGCGGCCGAGAAACUCAUUAGGCACUGGAAGAUUCUCAGAGGAGAUAAUGUGAUGAUAACAAGAGGCAAAGACAAGGGCGAGACGGGUGUCAUCAAGCGAGUCAUUCGCUCUCAGAAUCGUGUCAUCGUAGAAGGCAAAAAUCUGGUGAAGAAACAUAUCAAGCAAGGCCAAGGUCAUGAAGGUGGGAUUUUUACUGUUGAAGCACCUCUCCAUGCCUCAAAUGUUCAAGUUGUUGAUCCAGUGACAGGGAGGCCUGUUAAGGUUGGUGUGAGAUAUCUCGAGGAUGGAAUGAAAGUUCGAGUAUCUAGGGGAUUAGGUGCGUCGGGAUCUAUAAUCCCUCGUCCUGAGAUCUUGAAGAUAAGGACUACUCCAAGACCUACAGUUGCUGGCCCCAAGGACACUCCGAUGGAUGUCGUGUUCGAGAAGACUUACGAUGCUAAGACGGGGAAGGGCAUGCCUGAACUUUGAGAGAAUUAGUUUCCAACUAUCUUUCUAAAGCUCGGAUGGUAGAUUUUAGCAGAAAGAAAUGGAAGCAUAUUAGUUCUCGUAUGUUGGGCGAAAAUGAUUGAGAAGUUUGUGUACUGAACUUGUGCAUACAUUUUGUUAUUUCGUUGGUAACAUUGUACAAGCGAAAUGGCUUUGAUUGCUAUAGGAUUUUGGAGAUGAAUGACUUAUUCUUGCAUAUGGAACAUCUCACAUCGCUAUACUAGUAAUCUUAAAGGAGAUUAGAAGAUCA